AUCUUACGAGUACCCCAUUUCUUAAUCCCCUCUUUCUCCCCCCAUUUCCUCUCCACCAGAUCUCCGGGGGCACCUGCGCCAUUUUCCGGCGAAUUUUUGCCCUAUUGCUCUUUCUCUGACAUACUCCGGAAAACAGGGCAAAAUUCUCCCCAUUCCUCGAUUUCUCUGUAACCCUAGGCAUUUUGACCCCCAAUGGAACCCUAAUUUGUUUAUUUAUUUGAGUUCUCUCUUUCUUCUGAUCAGGCUUCGUAGUUGCAGGCCUAGGGUUAAGGUGUUUUUGGUGUUUUAGGCAUGCCUCGAGGGUCUCGACACAAGUCUCAUAAGGAGAAUAAGCACAGUGAAAGGGAGAGAGUGGACUCUGAGGAAGAGGGAAACUCCAAGCACGGCCCUGCAGAGGAAGACGAAUCCAGGGUUAGGGUUCUUGAACUAGUCGAUGUCGAGGAUUCAAAGAAGGAGACGUCCAAGGUGGAGUUGAAGCGGAAAUCAGAGAAGAGGGACGGGCAUCAUUGUGUGAGUGAUAUGGCAAGAAAGGGUGGGAGUCAAAGUGGAAAACGCAGAGAAAUGGAGAGAGAAAUGGAGAGUAAUGAGUGGCAAUUGCAUGAUGAGUUACGAAAUCCUGAAUUGGAAAAAGAGCUUGACAAGCGGAUUUCUCGGAGACGAGAUGGAUCUGGUGAUAAGGACAAAUGGAAGGAUGAUGUUAGAGAUGGUGAUGAUAGGCAUCAUGCUGAUCGUGUGAAGAAUGGACGAUAUGAGGAUGAACGGCCCAAAGAGGAGAGACAUAAGGAGAAGUAUCGUGAAGAUAUAGAUAGAGACCACAGACACCGUGAUGAAAAGUACAGAGAGGAUCGAUCCUCUAGAGAUCGCAUUGUUGAUAGGUCUGAUUAUAAAUAUUCCAGAGAAGAAACUAGGUCUUCGGAAAGUCGCCAAAAGAAAAACAAGCCUUACGAUAGUGAUCAAGAUGGUAGUCCUUAUGUUGAUGAAAGGAGCAACAGAUCAAGAGAAACCCAUUCAAGGAAAAGGUUGCCUGAUGAUAAUGAGGAUCAUAGCAACAUCAAAUACCGAGGCGGCAAGGACCCCCGUGUUGAUGAGGACAUGAAGGCACUGAGCAACAGUAAACUGGAUAAUCUUUCUGACAAGGAAAGGUCUGGAUCACGUUAUCGCAUUUCAGAUGCUGUUGAUGUGAUGGCAUCCAACAGCCGACGGGGGACUUCCCCCACCAUAAGUUCUGAUGCAACAAGACCCCAGCUCAGGCAUAGUUCAAAGCAAUCAGAACCAGUGCGCAAAGACUCAACACCUGAUGAAAAAUUUAGGCAAACCAUCAAGGAGUCUCCUGGUCCGAAUCAAAACCUAAGGCCAGUUCCUUCUCCAGCAUCUGAGGGAACCUCCAGGUCCCAAUCAAAAGACAAGGUCAAACAGAAGCAAGAUGAUUAUUUGGGUGAAUCACCAAACACUAAAAAUGCCGCCACUUCUUCUUACAAACCCAUAGAAACCUCAGUCCGAAGCCCAAAGAGGUCCCCAAAAACACAUGGUCGAGACGCCUCUGAUCAACUAAUAGACAAAAGCCCUUCACCAGCCACUCAUGAUCGGCACUUUCCAAGCAAAACCAGGGGCAGGAGAAGCCUCGAAUUAGAAGAAACUGAGUCUAAGCAAAUGGGCUCAAGAGAUACUGCUCAUUCUGGAGAUUACCUCACUAAUGAAGAUAGGAUUCAAGAGUCGCCCAUGCAUAAAUCAGGUCUCAAUGAUGGUUUCAAAGAUGGAUCACUUAAUGGAGAAUCAAGGCCAGGUUCUUCAGUAGGUCACUUUUCGGGGAGCUCUUCCAGUCUUCUACCCCCUCCCCCACCCUUUAGGCAAGGCAUCGAUUCCCCUUCUCUGUUGGGUCCCCCAGAUGAUGAACCUAGGGCAAAGCCUGUUGGUCGUUACAAGAGGGGGGUUGAUCCAGGGGUCAUGAGAGGGCAAGGGAACAACCCAUACAGGGGUGUUCAACCAAACUGGAACCCACCGUUGUCGAACGCUUUCAUUUCAUUUCCGCACCACGUGGGAGGCCCUGGUACUUUCCAUCCAAUGAUGCAGCAAUUCGCAAGCCCUCCUUUGUUCGGGAUCAGGCCCCCCAUGGAACUUAGCCAUGGUGCCAUGCCAUACACUAUGCAUGAUGGUGAUAGGUUCUCGAUCCAUAGCCGGCCAUUCGGGUGGCGGGGCCCAUCUGAUGACUCAUGCUCUCCUCUCCCUCAGAACCACAUGCAUGGAUGGGAUUGUGCUGGAGCCUUUGGGGAUGAUGCACAUAUGUAUAUGAGGCCUGAAUGGGAUAAUCGAGCAUGGGAAACGGGGGUUGAUAUGUGGAAGGGGCAAAGUGGGAAUGUGAAUUUGGAGGUCCCUCCAGUUCAGAAGGAAUCGGAACAUCAGGGACGUGGACGAAAUGAGAGGACUUGGUCUGAAUGUUUACCUGCUGAAAGCAUCGAGAUAAAGCGAUCAAAGGAGAGCCCCAAUGUGAAGGCCGUGGUCGAGAGUCCAUCAAAAACUGUUACUCAAAAAUCUUUGGAGCCAAGGAAACCACCAGGAACUAAAAUUAGUUAUUACCUCUCAAAGUUGGAUAUCUCUGUGGAUCUUGCAGGGGCAGAUACGUACAAAGAGUGUGCUAGUUUAUUGAGCGCAGAAAAGGAUGUACCUGCUGGGAGCCCUAAGAAGUUGGAAAAUUCACCAUCCUCUGACUCUCUCAAGGAAAACAUGGAGACUGUGGCUGCUCAUCCUGCCUGCUUCAUUCCGAAAGUUUCCUUCUUCCCCAAAAUUACAGACGCCAUAUUUAAGAAAGCUAUGGAACUGUAUAAGGAACAAAUUAAAGAUUCAGUGGUAAGGUGCCCCACCUUUUCUCUUGCGGUUGAAUCACUACGAGCAUCUCCAGCAUCUGAAGGGGCAGAUAAACCUGGAGCAGUAGAAGGCUGUACCCAAACUGGAGGAACUUCUCCUUGUAAGAAUGGAGGAUGCAACGACUCAAGCUGUCCACAGAACCAACCUUCAAGUGAUUCUGUGGAAAUUGACCGUUCUGUUGAUUUCUGUUGCAAUGCUUCUUCUGGGGUCAAAGACUCAAGAAAUGUCACUGCAGAGUACACUGCUAGUGAAAAUGAGAGUUUCCCUAGCAGUUCAGCGCAAGAGAAAAACCAAGAGCAAGUUUUUGAGGCUUUGAGGCCAGAGUCAGAAAGAACCCAAGAGUCAAUUUUUGAGGCUUUGGGGCCAGAGUCAAUUGGGUGUAGCGUAAAUUUGAGUCGGAUACAUCAUUCUCCCGAAAAUACACAUUGAAACAUUCCUAAUCUAAAGUUCGAGAUAUCUCUUUCUUGAAAUAGCAUCAAUGUUUCAUAUUUCGCUUGGUCAUUCA